AAAUAUGGGUGAAGACCCCUCCAAAGGGGUACAUGUCCUAAACAAUUUCUCCUGAAAAAAUCAAUUCUCAAUUGAAAAAAUAUUGAAUUGUCAAAUUGAACAGAAAAAAUGUGGGAUCGAAGAGUCACUUGAAUCUCAUGGUUUGGAGGUCAUCGAAUUGAAGGACGCGGUAACCAUUUAAGGGGAAGAGGUUGGUGAGAUGAUCAUGACGUUGGAGGACCAAUUAAGGUUCACCUGCCUACAUGAUCCUGGUUGGAGUCACAUUGUAACUGGCUCGAGGAUAAAACCAGAAAAAUGGAACGUGGGUGGCACCAGAGGAUUGAAUCAUGGUCGUGCGUGGGUCACUGGUGGGAAUUUACCAUGAAGAUAUUUCUGUAUAUUUUCGUUGAGAUUCUCCAAGAGAUUGGCAGUCCCUGCUUGCUCUCUCAACAGCAAGGAUCACUAUUUAUUUUUGAGAUUUGAGUGAGCAGAAACAUGGGAUUUUAUCGCACUAUUUUAUUGGCGGCAGUUUUCACUGCUUCCGCUUUCGCGGAUAGAUAUCAUUAUGGACGAGUGCUAUCUACAGCGGGCUGUGCUUCAUACACUUGUGGUCAAAAUGCAAAGUGUACAGUGACAGAUGGUAGACCCGUCUGUUCGUGUUUAAAUCUUCACAUGGGCGAUGCUCUUGUGCAAUGUUUCAAAGUCGAGUGCAUAAUCGAUGAGGACUGCCCAAGCACGAGAUCCUGUGCUGGCAAUCACUGCGUAGACCCCUGUCCUGGCUCCUGUGGGACUAAUGCCAACUGCGAGGUAAGGAAUCACGUGCCGACGUGUUUCUGUCCCCGAGGUUUCACCGGUGAUCCAUUCACAUCCUGCCGCGUUGCAGACCCUUGUCAACCUAGCCCCUGCGGCCUGAACACGCGCUGCGAUGUCGUCAAUGAAGUUGCCGUUUGCAAAUGUCUACCAGGAUACAGGGGCUCACCCCUUGCCGGAUGUCGUCACGAGUGCGAGAGCGAUGCCGAAUGUCCCAGUCACCUUUCCUGUUCUUCUAAUUUCAGGUGUGAAAAUCCAUGCUCCACCUGUGGAGAGGGGGCCAAUUGCAAUGUAGUCAAUCAUCAGCCUAAGUGUUCCUGUCCAGAGAACUGGCAAGGUAGUCCUUACACGAAAUGCUACCCAGAGUGCACGAUUCACUCGGAAUGUCCAGCUGGCAAGCCAGCCUGUCUCUACCAGAAAUGUACGAAUCCUUGUACCGGAGCUUGUGGAACCAAUGCCAACUGUGAGCUCAGAGGAAUAACUCCAGUCUGCAGUUGUCCAAGGGACAUGACCGGCAAUCCAUUUAUCAGUUGCAGACCAUUUACUCCAGAGGAUCUUUGUCAACCAAAUCCCUGCGGUGAGCACGCAGUCUGCACUCCUGGUCACGACAACACAGGAAAAGAGCGUCCGGUCUGCACCUGCCCCACGGGAUACACCGGGAACGCUCUCGUAAGCUGUCGAAGAGGCGAAUGCCAGGCAGACAGCGAGUGUCCAGACAGCAAAGCCUGUAUCGAUUACUUCUGUCAGAAUCCCUGCACUGGAAAGGAAUGUGCACCCAAUGCCAAGUGCGAGGCACGUCGUCAUAUUGCUGUGUGCACCUGCUUGGAUGGAACCAGAGGAGAUGCUGUCGUUGGGUGCAAUCAGAUUGUAUCCAAUACGAGGAAUGGACGAUUUGGAUAUGGAAGAUACUACUCAUCGUAAUUAAAUGAAAUCCAUGCUCUUACUUUCACUACGGAGCAGAUUUCUUUCAAGUGGUAAAGUGCGGAAAGUUGGAGGAUUUCGUGUCUAGUUUAUUUGAUUAAUUUUGGGAUAAUUCUUGAGCUCAGAGGAAAGGCUCGUAUCAUUUUUCUGAUGCUUAUCAUCAAAACAAUACGGUAAUGUAUUAUUUUCAUUCGAGCACAAAUUAAUUAUAAUAUAUUCUAAUUACCUCGACAUUCUGUACCAGCAAAAAUACGUAAAAAAUAUUUUUAAUAACAUAUUACACUGAAUCAGUUAAUAAUUUACGUAUUUUUAAUGUAAAAUUCAGUAAUAACGCUUGACUGACGAAUUAUUUUGAAGAAAUUGUUACUUUAUGCCAUUCGUAAUGAUUUUUAUGAACAAAUGUUAUACUAAUUAAACAGGAUAAUAGUGAGCAGGAUCACGAAAAUGUAAAAAAAUGUGUUUUUAUUUGUUAUAAAAUAAAUUUCCACAAUCCCGUGGAUCUUCGCAUCA